AUGACGUCCAGAGUCCCAGCCAUCGUCCUGGAUCGCCUCAGCGAUCGCGCCAAAGAGGCGCUUGAUCUCGUGGCCAAGUUUGUCGAAGAAGAGUGCAUCCCAGCAGACCCCGUCCUAGACGCCCAGAUCGGCCAGGGCGACGCGAGAUGGGACCACCACCCGGCCAUCGUCGACGACCUCAAGGUCAAGGCCAGGAAGCUGGGCCUGUGGAACAUGUUCUUGCCAAAGGGCCACUACAAGGAGUCGCCCGGCUUCACGAAUCUCGAGUACGGCCUCAUGGCCGAGUGGCUCGGCAAGUCGCGCGUCGCCUCCGAGGCCGUCAACUGCGCCGCGCCCGACACGGGUAACAUGGAGGUGCUGGCCAAGUACGGAAACGAGGAGCAAAAGGCAAAGUGGCUCAAGCCGUUGAUGGAGGGCCAGAUCCGCUCCGCUUUCUUGAUGACGGAGCCCGAGGUUGCCUCGUCGGACGCGACCAACAUUCAGCUCAGCAUGCGCAAGGAGGGCAACGAAUACGUCCUGAAUGGCUCAAAAUGGUGGUCCAGCGGUGCCGGUGACCCCAGAUGCUCGGUGUACAUCGUCAUGGGCAAGAGCGACGCAAACAACAAGGACCCCUACAGGCAACAGUCCGUCAUCCUCGUCCCCGCGGACACAAAGGGCAUCACCAUCCACCGCAUGCUGCAGGUCUACGGCUACGACGAUGCGCCCCACGGCCACGGUCACGUUAGCUUCAAGGACGUCAGAGUCCCUGCCAGCAACUUGGUGCUCGGCGAGGGCCGCGGCUUUGAGAUUAUCCAGGGCAGACUUGGUCCCGGUCGCAUCCACCACGCCAUGCGUACCAUUGGAGCAGCCGAGCGAGCUCUCGAGUGGAUGCUGAUGCGCAUCAAUGACCCGACCAAGACACCGUUCGGCAAGCAGCUCAAGGAGCACGGCGUCAUCCUCGAGUGGGUAGCCAAGUCCCGCAUCGAAAUCGACGCCGCCCGCCUGGUGGUCCUCAACGCGGCCAUCAGGAUGGACGACCUUGGCCCCAAGAAGGCGCUCAAGGAGAUCGCCGAGGCAAAGGUGCUCGUCCCGCAGACGGCGCUGACCGUCAUCGACCGCGCCAUCCAGUCGUUUGGCGCGGCCGGUGUCUGCCAGGACACGCCGCUGGCGAGCAUGUGGGCCAACAUUCGCACGCUGCGGCUCGCUGACGGACCGGACGAAGUGCACCUGCAGCAGCUUGGCAAGAACGAGAACAAGAGGGGCAAGGAGGUCACGGACAAGAUCCAGUGGCAGAAGCAGAAGACGGAGCAGCUGCAUGCGCAGUACAAGACCUCGACGUUCCAACCUGGGGCCAAGAUUACCAAGUCCAAGCUGUGA